CCCCACUCCCUCGCCUUUUCUUCUUCUUCUUCUUCGUUAUCGUCUUCGUCCUCGUCCUCGUCCUCGACGAAGCUAGAGGGGGCGCGGCCAUGGGGAACGCCUCGUCCACGCUCACCCAGUACGACAUCGAAGAGGUCCAAGAGCACUGCAACUACCUCUUUUCCCAGCAGGAGAUCGUCGCCCUCUACGAGCGCUUCUGCCAACUCGAUCGCAACGCCAAGGGCUUCAUCUCCGCCGACGAGUUCCUCUCCAUCCCCGAGUUCUCCCUCAAUCCCCUCUCCCAGAGGUUGCUUAAGAUGGUGGACGGGUUGAACUUUAAGGACUUCGUCGCGUUCCUCUCGGCGUUUAGUGCAAAAGCGAGUCUCCAGCAUAAGAUUGAGCUGAUCUUUAAGGUAUAUGAUAUAGAUGGAAAGGGGCAGGUAACUUUUAAGGACUUGUUGGAGGUGCUUCGUGAUUUGACGGGGUCGUUCAUGUCGGAGGAGCAGAGAGAGCAUGUCUUGGUCUGGGUAUUGGAAGAAGCUGGCUACACAAGAAAUUCCUCUAUUUUGUUGGAUGAUUUUGUGAAGGUUCUGAGCAGCCCUGGAUUAAAGAUGGAGGUUGAAGUACCAGUUGACUGAAGAAUAAGAGGCUUUACCCAAGACAGGUCUCUCAUGCUCUGUUACAAUGUAAAAAAAAGCAAUUACUUGAUUUUUCAUUAUCUGGAUGAACUUACCUGUAGUAUGCUGUAAGAUAAAUAAACUGAUGAUAAUCUGCUCCAUAAGUCUUAAGUAAUUUCAUUUAGUUAUGUCGUUUUCUGUCGAGUGAGAAUUAUAAUAUCAUUUUUUACAUACAUGAUACAUACCAUAGUGGCAACUAUGUACCUAGUUUAACAAGCUUAUUAAAUCACAUCGAAGUUCAGAGCA